AUGGGUGUCAUCCCAAUCCCAAGUAGUGGAAUUGUUCCUCAAGUCCUUAAGAACAACUUAGAAAACCUUAAGGAAUGGAGCAUUCGGCUUCGAACUUAUUUGAUGACUCAAGAUGUUUGGGAUGUUAUGGAGCCAACGCCGACGUUCGUUGAUGUCAGGGACGUUGCGGUGGAAAUGGCUUGGAAGAGAAAGAAUGCCACAGCUCUCCAUGCAAUCUACAUUUCCUGCGGUCCUCGUGCUUUCUCGGCUAUCCAAUACAUCCCUGAAGCCAAAGGUGGUUGGGAUAAAUUGGCUGAACUUGAACCUCAACCAAAACUUGAAAUUGCAGAAAGAAUACUUUCUCGCAAUGACGGCACGGAACAAUACAAGGAAUUAUAUAAAGCUGUAAGGAAAGGCGAUUUGAGCAAGAUAAACCAGUUCAUUACUGAAAACCCCGACGCAGUAAGCGCAAACAUUACAUGUACAAAGAGGACAGCUCUUCAUGUUGCAGCCAUGGUUGGACAUCUGAGCAUUGUGAAGAUGUUGGUGCAGAAGAUGCCAAAAGAAGAUUUAGUACUAUUAACUGACGAAGAUGGUUUCACAGCUCUUGCUGCAGCUAUCACAUGUAAUGCAAAACAAAGCAUAGCGGAAUGCAUGGUCCACAAGAACAAGGAAUUACUUAAAACUAAGGCUUAUGGCAUGCUUCCGGCUGCACUAGCCUUCCGCUAUUGUCAUAAGAAAAUGGGUCGAUACCUUUACACUAUUACCCCGCCAGAUUAUCUACUGCAACAUCGCCCAGAGAGUGCUACAAUCAUUUGCAAUGCUAUAUACGCGCACAGUUUCGAUGUUGCAUCGGAUCUGCUGUCGAAAUGCAAAGAACUGGCCGUCACACCUGACAAGGAUGGCGUUCGUCUGGUGUAUGCACUUGCAAAUCAUCCUUCUGCUUUUAAAAGUGGACGUCGGCUCAAAUUUUGGCAAGAAUGCCUCCAUCGCUGUAUACGUAUAGAUUCCACUUUUCCCAUCAAAUCAGGAAUCAAGGAUGUAUAUGACAUGAAAAAGGUUCAUAUCCAAAACUUAAAAUUUAUAUGCUGCAUGGCGAACAUGAUACAAGAUUUGGAUUUAAAUCUAGACCAGAUGGAGGAACAUUGUAUAAAUGAGGCUCUGUUUCAAGCCGUUGAACGAGGGAAUGUAGAAUUUGUUAAAAGUAUGCUAAAAGCAAAUCCAGAUCUGGUGGAGACACUGGACCAAUCAUACAGGAACAUAUUCAUGCUUGCAAUUCAAUUUCGUCAACCAAAAAUAUUUAGCCUUAUUUACAAUUCGAAUUCAAAAUUAUCAGCAACAUCUGCUUUAGAUAUUCAAAAAAACAACAUGCUACAUUCGGCGGCAUAUUUGGCUCCGCCAGACGUAUUGAAUAGUAUUCCAGGUGCAGCUUUACAACUGCAAAAUGAAUUACAAUGGUUUCAGGAGGUGAUGUCAAUUGUUCCCCCUUGGGCUCUACACCACAGAAACAAUCAAGGUAUGACACCAGGUGAAAUAUUUAAUCAAGAGCACAAGGAAUUGGUGCCUCAGGGAGAAAAAUGGAUGAAAGAUACAGCAAAAUCAUACACAGCAGUAGGUGCUCUCAUUGUUACCAUCACGUUUGCUGCAGCUUCGACAGUUCCUGGAGGAAACUUGGAUUCCGGAUAUUUACAAGAAGAUUUCCUUGUAUCUUUGCCAAGGAGGUUGAUGAUUGGUCUUUUCGCUCUUUUCUUCUCCAUUGUCUCCAUGAUGGUUGCCUUUUCUGCUACACUUCUGAUUGUGUUUGGAGACAACUAUCCAUGGAUUUCCAUUCCUGUCACUUGCCUUGCUAGCAUUCCAGUCACCUUGUUUGUGUUUCUGCAGUUUCCUCUUCUGGCUGAUAUUUUCAGUUCUACUUGUGGACGAGGAAUGUUCGAUAAGAAAGUUAGGAUUUGA